AUGGCAAACAGUGCCUCUCCUGAACAGAAUCAAAAUCACUGCUCAGCAAUCAACAGCAGCAUCCCGCUGACACAGGGCAACCUCCCCACACUGACCUUAUCUGGAAAGAUUCGAGUGACAGUUACUUUCUUCCUUUUUCUACUCUCCACAACUUUCAAUGCUUCUUUCUUGUUGAAACUUCAGAAGUGGACUCAAAGGAAAGAGAAAGGGAAAAAACUCUCAAGAAUGAAAGUGCUUUUAAAACAUUUGACCUUAGCCAACCUGUUGGAGACUCUGAUUGUCAUGCCACUGGACGGAAUGUGGAACAUCACUGUGCAAUGGUAUGCUGGAGAACUCCUCUGCAAAGUCCUCAGCUAUCUGAAGCUUUUCUCCAUGUACGCCCCCGCCUUCGUGAUGGUGGUGAUCAGCCUGGACCGCUCUCUGGCCAUCACGAGGCCCCUAGCUGUGAAAAGCAACAACAAGCUCGGACAGCUCAUGAUUGGCUUGGCCUGGCUCCUCAGUAGCAUCUUUGCUGGACCACAGCUGCCUCUUCAUCAUCCCUCUUCUCAUCAUGUUGAUCUGCAAUGCAAAGAUCAUCUUCACCCUGACAAGCGUCCUUCAUCAGGAUCCCCACAAACUACAACUGAAUCAAUCCAAGAAUAAUAUACCACAAGCUCGACUGAGGACCCUAAAGAUGACGGUUGCAUUUGCCACUUCAUUUACUGUCUGCUGGACUCCCUACUAUGUCCUUGGAAUUUGGUAUUGGUUUGA